AUGGCCACCACCACCGAUGACGCUCGCUUCCCCUGCUCCCUAGCCCUGCGCAUCCCCCUCCCCGACCCCAGGCUCGCCUCGGCCGCCCUCGACGCUCUGCACGUCGAUGCCGAACUCUCCCCCCUCGUCCGCCGCCACCUCUCCCUCGACGACGCCCGCACCCUGCUCUGCGUCGACUACCAGGCCACCACCAACCGCAUGCUGCGCGUCGCCGUCAACUCCUUCAUGGACAGCGUCAAGCUCGUCCUCGACGUCAUGGAGCACCUCGACGUUGAUGUUUUGGCUCAGCACAGCGUACCGCAUUAA